AUGGAUCCGGUGACGUAUACAAGAGGCACCAUGUCGUCCGUAAAGGUGGCGGUGCGCGUGCGGCCCUUCAACAACAGGGAGAUCUCGCGCGACUGCAAGUGCAUCAUCGAGAUGGGCGGCAACACCACCUAUCGCUCCCAGGAGUGCGGUGAGAGUAAGGGGAGAUGUGGGAGGGGCGAGCGGCAGUUGGCGGACAAUGCCCAUGGCCACCUCCUUGAUGACCGCCUUCGACAGCCCCCUGUGUUUAAUGCUGCAGCGGCGCCGCACCGCGGAGGCAGCCCCGACCCGCCGCCGCCGCCGGCCGUGUCGCGUCUCGUGUCGCGUUGGCGUCGCCCAUGCGGGCCGCCGCUGCGUCAGCGCCGCCGCGUUGGCCGCGCACUGCGCCGCCCGCCCGCCACGCCAGAGGCGCGCCAGCUCCGGCCGUGCUCUCCGCGCCCCGUCAACGCCACGCCACCCUUGGAUCCGACCCGACCCCUUCCGUCUCGGCUCGACCAGCGCGCCCUUUUCUGUGCGUUAGCGUCUGCAGUUGAGAGACCGAAGCUUCGUGGGAAAUCUCGAGAUAUCGUGAACCCAAAACUUCCUCCUGGAUCUAAAGAUGCUACCAAGAGCUUCAAUUAUGAUUAUUCCUACUGGUCACACAAUGCAAACGAUUCAAAUUUUUCAACACAAUCUAUGGUAUAUAAAGAUAUUGGUGAAGAAAUGUUACAACAUGCUUUUGAUGUAACGUAUUUUCGCAAUUCUAAAAUGAAACAGCAGACGUGUUCCACAUCAAUAGUUCUGUAUUCUGUGUGUGUACAGGUGAGCUACAUGGAGAUCUACUGUGAACGAGUGCGAGAUUUGCUCAACCCCAAGAACAAGGGCAACCUCAGAGUGCGAGAGCACCCGCUGUUGGGCCCCUACGUGGAGGACCUCUCCAAAUUGGCCGUCACUUCCUACCAGGACAUCCACGACCUCAUCGACGAAGGCAACAAAGCAAGAACUGUGGCCGCCACCAAUAUGAAUGAAACAUCAAGUCGUUCCCACGCAGUCUUCACAAUCUUUUUCACUCAACAACGUACUGAUGCCACCACAGAACUUACAACGGAGAAAGUCAGCAAGAUCUCUCUUGUUGACUUGGCUGGUUCCGAGCGAGCUGACUCGACAGGAGCCAAGGGCACUCGCCUCAAAGAAGGAGCAAACAUCAACAAAUCGCUUACCACUUUGGGCAAAGUCAUCUCCGCCCUCGCAGAGAUUGCUACCAAAAAGAAGAAGAAGGCAGAUUUUAUUCCCUAUCGAGAUUCUGUGCUUACAUGGUUACUGCGUGAAAACUUGGGAGGAAAUUCAAAGACUGCUAUGGUUGCCGCAAUCAGUCCUGCAGACAUCAAUUAUGAUGAGACCCUCUCUACACUUAGGUAUGCAGACCGAGCCAAACAGAUUGUCUGCAAGGCUGUAGUGAAUGAAGAUGCCAACGCCAAACUGAUCAGAGAGCUCAAGGAAGAGAUUGUGAAGUUGCGAGAGCUGCUCAAAGCGGAAGGCAUCGAAGUAGAGGAAGGGGACGAGGGCAUGAAGGUGGUGAAGCGCGAGAGCGGCGACUGCGCGCGCGCCGCUCCCGCCUCCACCACAGCCGAGGAGGCCGUCGACCAGCUGCAGGCCAGCGAGAAGCUCAUCGCUGAGCUGAACGAGACGUGGGAGGAGAAGCUGAAGCGGACGGAGGCCAUCCGCCUGCAGCGCGAGGCCGCCUUCGCGGAGAUGGGUACCCCACAUCUGGUGAACCUAAACGAAGACCCAUCAAUGUCGGAGUGCCUACUGUAUUACAUCAAAGAUGGAUGCACUCGGUUGGGAUCUGCAGAAGCAAACAUCCCACAAGACAUUCAGCUCAGUGGCUCCCAUAUUUUGAGUGAGCACUGUAUCUUUGAAAAUAAUGAAGGUGUGAUAACAAUGACACCCAAAGAAGGAGCCCUUUGCUACAUCAAUGGACGUCAGGUUACAUCAACAGUUGCUCUCAAGACUGGCUCACGUGUCAUUCUUGGCAAAAACCAUGUGUUCCGUUUCAACCAUCCUGAACAAGCUCGAGAGAAGCAGGAUAAAUCAGCAGAUCAAAUUGAAAAUUCAGUGCCAGACAAAAUUGAGAAAGAGCUGGAGAAAGGUUCUCCGGUGGAAACUCCAGGAACAGGAGAGCCUGUUGACUGGAACUUUGCCCAAGUGGAACUGCUGGAGAAGCAGGGCAUAGACCUGAAAGUCGAAAUGGAGAAGCGACUGAUGGUCCUGGAGGAACAGUAUCGCAAAGAGAAAGAGGUGGCAGAUCAGGCCUUUGAAGAACAACGCAAGACUUACGAAGCUCGUAUAGAUGAACUAGUGAAACAAGUUGAAGAGCGAACGAUGACACUCUCAAUGUACAGUUCCUGCACUCUUGAGGAUAUCAACCAGGAGGAGGACAUUUUCGAGUGCACCUGGACAGACCGGCAGCUUCGGCUGGCCGCGUGGUGCUUCCGCAAGUGGAAAUAUCACCAGUUCACCUCGCUGCGCGACGACCUCUGGGGCAAUGCCAUUUUCCUCAAGGAGGCUAAUGCAAUCUCAGUAGAGCUCAAGAAAAAGGUGCAAUUUCAGUUUACCCUGCUCACGGACACCCUGUAUUCUCCCCUGCCCCCGGAGCUCCUGCCAGCUGCUGACGAAGAUGAGGAGGAAGACAGGCCAUUCCCACGCACAAUCGUUGCUGUGGAGGUGCAAGACACAAAGAAUGGAGCCACACACUACUGGACCCUGGAGAAACUGAGACACCGCUUGGAACUCAUGCGACAAAUUUACAACGAAGACCUUAGUCCAGAGACACCAGAAGGCCGAGAGGACUUGUUCCAUUGUCUGUCUGUCUGUGCUAAUCAGAAGUUCUCACUCGCAAAUCUUUUGCCUUCGAGGCAACGGCUGGAACUGAUGCGUGAAAUGUACCACAAUGAGGCGGAAUUAUCUCCUACUUCACCUGACUAUAGCAUUGAGUCACUUACUGGAGGUGAUCCAUUUUAUGACCGAUUUCCAUGGUUCCGUCUUAUUGGCAGGGGUUUCCUGUAUUUGAGCAAUUUGCUCUACCCUGUGUGCAUGGGACAGGAUGUAGCCAUUGUAAAUGAAAAGGGCGAUGUCAAAUGUUACUUGAGAGUUAUUGUGGGUCCUGGCCGAGAGGACAAAGAAUAUUGCCAUUCACCUGUAGUUAAGAAAUGUACUCGCAUUUCAUUUGAUGAUGAAGGUCUCUUUGAAACAAACCGCGCUCCUUCAAUCCGCCUUCGAACCUCAACCCCCACAUGUCGCCCAAAUAGCCAAAUAUUAGAUGAGCGCAUUGUCGAAGGAGAACCCUGCAUAGAGGAACCUCUUGUCAUAGAAGAUAUUAAGGAUUCUUGCAAAGGAGAAGCAGACCUUGAUGGUGAUGCAGACUCGGGCCGUGGUGACAGCUCGGUGUCGUCGGACGUCAAGGAAGAGGAGCUGCCGGAACAUCUGCAGUUGGGCUCCGAGUUCACCUUCUUUGUCACUGUGUUCCAAUCUCAUGUUGGACCGGCAAGUACCGAGUCUCUGCGAGCAGAAUACUCAGACACCUUCUGCCAAUUUAGUUUUCUGCAUCGUCAUGAUGAGGCCUACGCAAGUGAUCCGUCAUCAAGCUCUGUUUUCUUCCAUGAGGAGAAUGUUAGUACAGUCCCAAGUGCCUUUGGCCAGGCAUUUACAGUGACAGUGACCAAGUCAUUUAUUGAAUAUCUGAAGACUCAGCCGAUAGUUUUCGAAGUUUAUGGUCACCAUCUUGAUCCCUCAGCAAAGAUGAUGAGAAAAAUGUCUCUUGUGGAAGAACCAUCUGUGCAACACAAUAAUCGGCAGCCUCCCAGGAGAAUGCUGCCACCCUCCAUCCCAAUAAGCCAACCAGUCCGCUCGCCCAAAUUUGGUGUUCUGCCUUCUCCUAGCACCAGCCAUGUGCAUGCCAAGUAUGACGUUAUGGUGUGGUUUGAGAUUUGUGAAUUAGCUCCAAACGGUGAGUAUGUUCCUGCUGUGGUUGACCACAGUGAUGACUUGCCCUGUCGAGGGCUCUUCCUACUUCACCAAGGAAUUCAGAGGCGCAUUCGCAUCACCAUCGUGCAUGAGCCUGUGCCAGAACUAAAGUGGAAAGAUAUUCGUGAACUUGUUGUUGGUCGCAUUCGCAACACCCCGGAACCUGAAGAGGAGGACAACGAUAGCUCUGUGCUCUCGUUGGGCUUGUUCCCUGGUGAAUAUCUGGAAGUGCCUGGGGAUGACCGAUGCAUGUUCCGCUUUGAGGCUGCCUGGGACAGUUCACUCCACAAUUCUGCGUUACUCAACCGAGUUACAUCCUACGGAGAGCAAAUUUUCAUGACUAUUUCUGCCUAUUUGGAGUUGGAGAACUGUGGACAACCUGCUAUUAUCACAAAGGACCUAAGCAUGAUCAUCUAUGGUCGUGAUGCUCGAACGGGACCCCGCUCUCUGAAAGGCUUGUUCUCUGGCAGCUAUCGCAAUGCUGAGGCCAACAGGCUCUCUGGAGUGUAUGAGUUGGUGCUGAAGAGGGCCUCAGAAGCAGGUAGCCCAGGUGUUCAGCGUCGUCAGCGCCGUGUCUUGGACACAAGCAGCACAUAUGUGCGUGGCGAGGAGAAUCUUCAUGGCUGGCGACCACGUGGUGACAGCCUUAUCUUCGACCACCAAUGGGAGUUGGAGAAACUCACCCGUUUGGAAGAGGUGCAACGAGUGCGCCAUUUGCUGCUUCUCAGGGCCCAUCUUGGUAUUGACAAAGCUCUUUCGACACGUCGAGACAUUUCCAAGUCUGAAAAACUGCGCUAUGCUGUAAUUGUGUGUGCUCUGUUUUGGCAGUUCUUGUACGUGGAUUGUACAAAGCACUGGUGCGCAAUUUGUGAUCGCUCCGGGAUAGAACCGGAGAGCCCAAAACACAAGGCAGUGACUGAGCUCCACUUGUUGUGCUCGAAUUGUGAGUGGGUUCAUAGUAGACUGUCUUUACAGGAAGUGUGCAAUAUGGUGGCCAAGGCAACAAAUGAGGGUCGUGCUAGCCCAGUGGUGCUGAAGCCUGCAACACCAGCCAAGGAAGUAUUAGAGCCUGUGGAGUACACAGAAAGCGAACGAGAGUUGUUGCUCAAAUGCGUUCGCCUCAUCCAAGGACGCAUACCUAGCAAGGAUUUGCCAAUGGUUAAACGUGAGAGUGACAUCUCGCCCAGCGAAGAAGCUCAAAUUGACAGCAUGGUGUCAAGUAUGAUGUCAAAUUCUUCUAUUGAACUAGGGUCACCUGAGAAAACUAGGCCAGUGCUACCUGAGCAGUUCAUUUUCCCAACCCCAGGAGUGAUCGAAGCGAGUACUGACUCCUUGACUGGCAGUGUACUAACUUCAUCUCCUAGCCGAGAACAGGUUGUGUUGUAUGUGCCAGAGAUGGAAGAGAUUCGCAUUAGUCCAGUGGUUGCACGCAAGGGCUACCUCAAUAUCUUGGAACAUAAGACCAAUGGCUGGAAGAAGCGAUGGGUGGCUGUUCGUCGCCCAUAUGUGUUCAUCUUCCGUGAAGAGAAGGACCCAGUAGAGCGAGCGCUGAUCAAUCUAGCUACAGCGCAGGUGGAAUAUUCAGAGGACCAGCAGGAAAUGGUGAAGGUGCCAAACACAUUUAGUGUGGUGACAAAGCACAGAGGAUUCCUAAUGCAGACAUUGGGAGAUAAGGAAGUCCACGACUGGCUCUAUGCCAUUAAUCCCUUAUUGGCUGGUCGUAUCAGGUCAAAGCUCGCGCGGAGGAGAGCAGUUUCAGCUCCACGCAUCACUGCGUCUCCAAUGCUGCAGCAGCACAUGGCCAAGUGAAGGUCUGUGUGGGUGCAGUGACUGCUGUCGCCAUGCGUAAGCAGGCUUCUCUCGUUGCACUCCCAUCACUACCACUGUCUCAUCUACAUGAGUGUCGUCGCGUGUCGUCAGCCUCUGUUAAAAAAGCCAGAGAUAGACUGUGACCAGUUGACGGUGUGUGAGAGCAAUUGAUAGCAUGAGAGGAUGUGUGUAUGGAUGCCUCCCUGUCUGUCUGCGUGUGCAGCGCAAGCUGGUAUGUCUUUAGGGUGUGGGUGUCUGAGGCGGGCAUCGCUGCAGCUCCAGGGCCUUUGCUGGAUUGCGCAGCAACCUCUUAUUUCCAUGGUGACCAGCAGUAUCUUGGUCAUGGUUGAACCAGCACUCUCUUGUGCUUGCUUUCGCUUGGUUCAAACAGUGUUGCCAUUACUCUUGAAUUUAGCGUUACUGGCAUCCUGUUACUCAUUUAGUUGGAGUUGACUCAUCAAACGGAGCACAUCCAUUUGGAGGUUAACUUCAUGAAGACUGAUCAGAGUUUCUUUCUGCUCAUGAAAAUGUUUUUGUAGCAAAAGCCAUGCUGUUUUGUUAUUUUGGCCAUCAGGGAUGAGCAUUUGUUUGUUAUAGAGAUAUUAUGGAUCAGCAAUAGGGGCCAGGUAAAUAUACAAAGUAGUGAACGAAUGCAGCUGUUGAGGUUGAAAUGUGGGAUGGCACAAAAAGAAAGUUAUGUUCUCAAGUCUCUUUGUGUUUGUUUUUGUUUGUGGAAAGGGACUUUAUGAGGGGGACUGGGAGCUAGGGCAAGUGGUUUGCGCAAACAGUCAGUGGAGCCAGAGAAAGCAGCCUCUUCCUAGCAAAGGAAGUUGGACAGGGGGCUGCAUAGCCUCUCUCCACUUCUUCUACAUAAUAUAUAAAUAUAUACAUAAUAAACACAAUAUUACAAGUAUAUGUAUACAUUAUACAUACAGAGACAUACACAUUCAUGUAUACACGUACACAUGUUGAAUGAGUACUAUGCCCAGUAUAGAGUCCUUUAUUGCUUGUGGUAUGUGUUUAAGAAAACUAAAAAUUUUAAAAGUCUCCACAACCAAAAUAUGACUGUCUUCUAAAAGUAAUAAUUUUAUAAGUAUUACUUGGUUGUGCUUCUGAGUCUGUAGGUGAUCGUCUUUCCCCACUGCAUCUGAGCAUGGAGAGCAGGAAAUUGCGCAAAAGGCUUGGGUUUUCCCCUGCCGCUCCCCAGAUCAGCCAAAGGCUUUGAACAUAUCAGCGCGAGAGUGAUUGGCUGCGAUGCUCUCUAGUUCUGGCAGGACGUGCCAUCUGUAGAUGGCCCUGUGCAGAGUUUUCUAGUCAGGUCACCAUGCUCAGAUGGAGGGUUUAGCAGGCACUCACACACCUCAAACGUUCCCUCAAGCUUCACGCUGUGUCUCACCCGACUCUUUGUGCAUACUUGUCACGUAUCAUGGCGUCUCAGAGCAGAACAUGACAAAUAUGUUAUAUAAAUUAAAUAUAAAUAUAUAUAAAUAUAAAUAUAUAUAUGAUACUUUGCAUACAUUCUAGUUUGUUGCCUUUGUCAUUGUUGUAUUGU